AUGGCAGAGAGUUCACGGGUAAAUGCCCCGGACUCCCGCAGCGAGCGCUUUGAAAAAUUGCUACACGCCUUCUUGACAGGCUUGAGACCCGUCAACGACAGCAGAGAUGUGCGGCAGCUAUUACAAGCGCUUUGCAGCAUUGAGGACAGAGCUGCUUGCAUUGAAAAACUAGGAUGCAGCAAGUCCGGCCUCGACGUUCUUCGAAGAGGUCUGCGUUUCGACAUUACGAUUGCAUUCAUCAACGGGCCUCUCACAGACCUCUUGACCUACCUCACCGCCGCUGAAGUAAAGCGUCUGGCAAAUGGAGACUUUUUGAGGCGGAUUUUGUUGCAGAUAGUGUCGCCGCCCGCUUUAUGGGAUGCAUUAGUGCAGGCACACCAAGAUGGGCAGCUGUCCCAAGUAGCAACUAUGCGUUUCGCAUGGCUUCUCCUAGAGCUACUCACCUGGGCCGGCGACUGUCCUAUCGAUGUCAGUGCCAUCUCUCACGACGUUUCGAGCAAGAGAACUUUCAUUGAUGCAGACGAUGCCGAUCUCCGCACAAUCGGCUACCGUAUCCAACACAUCGUCCAGGUCAAGGCUUCCGGUCGGAAAGAGAACGUUGCUGGGCCUGGAGGUCGGCAUGACAAUGAUUUCGAAGACUUCCGUGAGAUCGCCAUCUACCCAACCGAAGACGAGCUUACUAGCAGAGAGCUUCCUUUCUACCAAACUGCGAACGCUUUGGAUCAAGUGGAAUUUGAACAAAGAGCUGGACACCAUCUAGACAACCAGUUCAGGCUGCUCAGAGAAGACUUCUUGGCAGAGCUGCGUGAUGAUCUUGACAUCGCCGCCGGCAAGAAGAAGCCUCAUGCCAAUCGUAUCCGGACACGCUUGCAAAGUCUGCGCUUCAAUAAAAUCCACGGUAGCAUGGGACGAAGCAGGUCGUCAGCGACUCUGGCCAUCACAGCUGGCAGAGGCUUAGGUCAACUCACAUCUGCAACUGAUCGCAAGGCUUUUCUACGAGCAAACCCAAACUUCUUGAAGCAUCAGUCAUUUGGGUACUUUGUGGACAAUGGCAAAGUUAUCGCGUUUGGCUCAGUCGUGCGCAAUGAAGAGCUUCUCCUCCACAACCCGCCACUGGUCACAAUCAGAACGCCCGGCAAUGGAGACUUGAACAAGGUAAUCCUUGCAUUGACGAUGUCCACUACAGUCGAAUUCGCUCGUAUAGAGACUGCAGUAUUUGCUUAUGAGCCUGUGCUCCGCCGUCUGCAGUCAAAGAUGGAGCUACCUUUAGCGGAGCAGCUCCUUGCUCGGCAUGGAGAAGAAACAGACCUGGCUGCUCAUUAUGAAAACUCUGAUGAAUGCAAAAUUUCUCGAAUCCUCGAACAGAUUGCGGCCUCACCGGAGCAAGACUUGCGGUCGAUCCUUCAGCUGUCCAAGUCGGUCAAACUGGAUGCUUCUCAAUCUCAAUCACUCCUUGCAGGUCUGCGGCAAAGCGUCUCACUUAUCCAAGGGCCACCGGGCACCGGCAAGUCGUUCAUUGGAGCUUUGCUUGCGAAAGCACUGUACGGCAAUACCAGCGAAAACUUACUGGUGAUCUGUUACACCAACCAUGCCCUAGAUCAGUUUCUGGAAGAUUUGCUUGACAUCGGAAUACCGUCAAAUGCCAUGGUUCGACUGGGAUCAAAGUCGACCGCGAGAACAAAGCAUCUCAGCCUUCGUGAUCAAGCGCUCGCAAACUUGCGAACGCAAGAGAACUGGAGCAAUAUAAAGCGACUCCAUGAAGAGGUUGACGAGCAAGAGGCAGCCCUAGGAUCGUCUACAGACGCGCUCACCAGCCUCCGAGUCUCCGGCGAUGCUCUCCUAGAACAUCUCGAAUUCUCGGAGGACGAUUAUGACUAUUUUGAGGCAUUCCAAGCGCCCAACGAAGAAGACGGAUUUGCCCGAGUCGGCAAGAAGAAUAAGGUGGUUGACAGAUUCUACUUGCUCAAUCGGUGGAAGGGCGGACAAGACGCCGGUGUCUUUGCAAAGCGGGUCUCACCAUGGCACAUCGAAAUCUGGAGCAUGGAACCUGCUGCGCGUGCUCGAAAGCUACGCGAGUGGGAGCUGGCCAUUUUCUCCGAAGCCGUCUCCUCUGUUUGCGCCAAAGCCAAACUUUACGACGAAAGCCAGGGCUUACUGCGAGCAGCUCAGUCACAGAAAGACAACGUCGUCAUCCAAGCCAAGCGUAUUGUAGCCUGUACCACCACAGCAGCAGCCUUGUACACCGAUCAGCUCCAAAGCGCGGCGCCUGGAAUCAUUCUCGUUGAAGAAGCCGGGGAGAUUCUCGAGAGCCACAUCCUUACUGCCAUGACUCCCAGCACGAAACAGCUGAUCCUGAUUGGCGAUCACCAGCAGCUUCGGCCUAAAGUGAACAACUACAAUCUGACCGUCGAGAAAGGGGAUGGGUACGAUCUUAACCGCUCGCUAUUCGAGCGCCUAGUCCUCUCUGACUAUCCGCACACGACCUUGAAGCAGCAACAUCGCAUGUGCCCGGAGAUCUCCGACCUCGUGCGCCAUCUCACAUAUCCGGAACUUGUUGAUGCUCCUAGUACGAAGAAUCGCGACGCUCUGCGUGGGCUCCUGAAGCGUGUGGUGUUCAUCAAGCACGAGAAACAAGAGCUAAACACCCAGAUUGUGGACCGCCGUGACCAGGGUGCAGCCAAUAGCAAGCAAAACUUGUAUGAGGCCGAGCUGACGAAGAAAGUCGUGCGUUACAUGGCACAGCAAGGUUACGGGACGGCAGAUCAAGUCGUCUUAACGCCAUACCUCGGGCAGCUUGGACUGCUCCGUCGAGAGCUUGCUGAGGACAACGAUCCAAUUCUUAACGACAUGGAUUCUUUCGACCUCGUCCGAUCUGGACUGAUGUCGGCGGCAAGCGCUUCGCAAUGCAAGCGUCCGCUUCACCUUUCGACCAUCGACAACUACCAGGGCGAGGAACGUGAUGUGGUUGUCGUCUCACUGACUCGAAGCAACCCGAAUGGGGACAUCGGCUUCAUGAUUUCUCCGGAGCGGCUCAACGUCCUCCUCUCUCGUGCUCGCAAAGCACUGAUCAUAAUUGGGAACCCUGCGACAUUCACGGCAAGCCGGAAAGGAAGUGAGCUGUGGACGAAGCUUUUGGGCAAGCUCGCGGAGAAUAACUGCAUCCUUGAUGGUCUCCCGGUGAGAUGCGAGCAACAUCCAGACAUCCAGAUGCUCCUCGAAACACCCGACGACUUUGACCGAUUCUGCCCAGACGGAGGUUGUUCAGCGCCUUGUGGAGUUACGCUCAGCUGUGGUCUCCACCAGUGCACGCAGAAAUGCCAUCGGCAAGCUGAUCACACGAAGAUGAAAUGUAGCCACGUCGUCCAAGAACAGUGCCCACAUGGCCAUACGCUUACCAGGACCUGCUCGGACGGGCACCCGCCCUCUUGCCACAUUUGCGACGCCGAAGCCGCCGCCAAAGCUGCUCAGCAACGGCGCGCUCUCGAACUCGCUGCGCAACGUGAGGCCAAUCAGCGCUUGUAUGCCGCCCAAUUGGCCAUAGUUCAGGACGAGAUUGAUCGCAUUCGGCAGAUUGCCAAGGACGAGCGCGAACGUGAAGAGCAGAACUCGACUCUGCAGCAGCGCUACAAAGACCUCGAGAACGCCAAAGCUCUGGCAGCCCGACGAGACGAAGCGAAGCAGCAGGCAGCACAAAAUCCAACUAAACCCGGUCCCUCUGAUCCUGUGGCCACUACGCCUCCAGUCCCAGCUACUGCGCAGGACUCUGAGGCUGGGCAAGAGUGGAAGCGUCAGAAAGCCCUCGAAGGCGCAAGAAAUCCGGCAUUGGACAGCUUAAUGGACAUGAUAGGAUUGGAAGACGUCAAAGAACACUUUCUUGAGAUCAAGUCCAAGAUAGAUCUCUUGGUGCGGCAAGGACUUUCUAUUGAGAAGGAACGCUUCGGUGCGGCGCUCUUGGGCAACCCUGGCACUGGAAAGACGACCGUUGCACGCAUCUACGCCAAGUUCCUCUGCCUCGUCGGCGCGCUUCCAGGAGACGACUUUGUCGAAAGCACUGGUGCUAAGUUGGCCAGUGAAGGUGUGCAGGGAUGCAAGAAGAUGCUCGACGAUCUUCUCAACAAGGGAGGCGGUGCUUUUUUCAUCGACGAGGCAUAUCAGCUGGCAUCGGGUGCUAGCUUUGGCGGCGGUGCAGUAUUGGAUUGGUUGCUCCCAGAGGUUGAGAAUUCAACGGGCAAAGUGGUCUUCAUCCUGGCGGGCUACAACAAGCAGAUGGAGAAGUUUUUCCAGCACAAUCCAGGCUUACCCAGCCGCUUCCCGCGGACUCUGCAAUUUGCAGACUACGAAGAUGACGAAUUGCUCCAGAUCAUGAACUACAACCUCAGGAAGCGAUAUGAUGGACGCAUGAAGCUCGAGGACGGAGCGGAUGGACUCUAUGCUCGUAUUGUAGCUCGAAGAAUUGGACGAGGCCGCGGAAAGGAAGGCUUUGGCAAUGCUCGCGAGGUCGAAAACAUUGUGUCCAAGGUAGGCUCACGACAGGCGAAGCGCCUUCGGAGACAACGAGCAUCUCUCCACAAGGGCGAUUCACUGCCGGACGACAUGCUCUUCACCAAGGAAGACUUGAUUGGUCCUGAGCCAUCAAAUGCAUUGUCCGGUAAUAAGGCGUGGAACAAGCUACUUCAGCUCACCGGUCUCAAGAUGGUCAAAGACUCGGUGCAAGCUCUGCUGGACAGCAUACAGUACAACUACCAGCGAGAGCUAGCUGAAGAGCCACUGGUCGAAUUCAGCCUGAACAAAGUCUUCGUUGGCAAUCCAGGCACCGGAAAAACAACUGUGGCAAAGCUAUAUGGACAAAUACUGGCUGAUAUCGGCAUGCUGUCGAGCGGCGAAGCAGUCGUGCUAAAGAAACCAGCCGACUUCAUCGGAGCGGCCCUUGGCGUAUCUGAAGCGAACACCAAAGGCAUUCUGGAUGCCGCUGUCGGCAAAGUGCUUGUCAUUGACGAGGCAUACGGCUUGUAUGGUGGAGGCAGCAUUGGCGACCCUUACAGAACGGCUGUCAUCGACACGAUCGUCGCUGAGGUGCAGAACGUUCCUGGUGAUGAUCGAUGCGUGCUCCUACUGGGCUACAAGGAGCAGAUGGAGGAGAUGAUGCAAAACGCCAAUCCUGGUCUCGCUCGUCGCUUUCCAAUCGACUCUGGCUUUAUCUUCGAAGACUUUGACGACCAAGACCUGACCUGCAUCUUCGAUGCCAAGGUCAAGGCGAAGGCAUUCAAGGUGACUGAGCGAGCGCGAGAAGUUGCGCUUGAAAUACUGAAGCGUGCUCGAAAUCGACCACACUUCGGUAAUGCAGGCGAGAUUGAUAUUUUACUAAAUGAUGCGCAGCUCCGUCAACAGAAACGCAUUGCAAAGGACAAAUCCGCAGCAAAGUCUAUCUUCGAAGCACAGGAUUUCGACCCAGAAUUUGAUCGCAGCGACCGAGCUGUCACCAACAUCGCCAUGCUCUUCAAAGACACUGUUGGUUGCGAGAAUGUUGUCGAACAGCUGCAAGGGUACCAGAAUGUCGCUGCCAAAAUGAAGCAGCUCGGCCAAGAUCCUCGCGAGCAGAUUCCGUUCAGUUUCCUUUUUCGAGGGCCUCCUGGAACGGGUAAAACCACCACUGCGCAACGUAUGGGCAAGGUGUACUACGAUAUGGGGUUCCUCGCAUCCGCGGAAGUUGUCAACUGCUCGGCGUCAGACUUGGUGGGCCAGUAUGUCGGUCAGACAGGUCCCAAGACACGAAAACUACUCGAAUCUGCCUUGGGCAAAGUCUUGUUUAUUGACGAGGCAUACCGACUUGCCGGCGGACAUUUCGCACAAGAAGCCAUGGACGAGCUCGUUGACCUCAUGACGAAAGAAGCCUACUUUCAAAAGCUGAUUAUCAUUCUUGCCGGUUACGAUGCAGACAUCAAUCGUUUGAUGUCGAUGAACCCAGGCCUGACUUCACGAUUUCCUGAAGCAGUGGUGUUCACUCCGCUCAAGCCGGCCGACUGCCUUGCUCUACUGAUCAAGGCCUUGACCAAGAAGAAAGGCCUCGAUGUGUCCGUGCUUACAGAAAUCCAGCCAGGAUUCCGCGAUGAGAUCUUGGCACGAUUUGACACAUUGGCAUCGCUUGCCAAUUUCGCCAACGCUCGUGAUGUCCAAACGCUUUCCAAGACCAUCUACGGCGCCAUCUUGAAGAGCGCUGACCCAAGCUCAAAGGCUAUGGCUGUGGCACCGGAGCAGGUUCGAAAGGCAAUGAACGACAUGGUGGACGAGCGGAUGCAACGAGAAAAUGACUCUGCUGCCAAGGCUGGAGCUGUGAACGCAGCAGGCUCUCCUAAUGUUCCGAACCCGGUACAGCAGCUGCAAGCACCUGACCGCAGAUCUCAAACAUCAGUGCAGACGCGAUCGCAGACCAAACGUGCUCAGCAAAAUCAAUUGCAAUCCGAUCAGAAGCGUACAAAGCCAGAAGCUGCGCCAAGCGACGUCCGCGAGGGCUCAGGGAGCCUUCCACAUGUGUCACCUGCUCUGGCGCAGCGCGAUGUCGGUGUCAAAGACGAAGUCUGGGCUCAACUCCAACUCGAUCGACUCAAGGCCGAGCAGGAAGCUGCUGAGCUCCAGCGACUGCGGGACGAGGAGCGCAAACUCCGAGAAUGGCUGAAAGCUUGUGCGGAUGCGAAGCGGCAGAAGGAAUUGGAAGAGUUGGAGAGGAAGAGGAAGGAGGCUGAGGAGAGAGAGCACAGGAGACAGAAGGCCCAGGAAGCUUUGGCAAGAUCGGGGAGAUGUCCUGUUGGAUACCAGUGGAUCAAGCAGAGUGGUGGCUAUCGGUGUGCAGGUGGGUCACAUUGGCUUGAGGAUGCGCAGGUUGAUGCUAUGAUGUAG